AUGGCCGCCGUCACUGAGACCCUGGAAUUCAACCGGACAUCAUUCAGUCUUGCAGGUCCAUACGGAGACUUUCGUGACGAUCUUCAAUCUCAAGGAUUCGCGGUCAUCAAAAACGCCAUCGAUCCGGAGAAAGCCAAAUAUUACCAGCAGAAGGCGCUGGACUGGCUCAAGUCAUUUGGCACCCCACUCGACUUCGACGACCCUUCAACCUGGAAAGCCGAAAACCUGCCUGUACAGAGCAAAAUCAAUACCUUUAAUGGGUAUUCGGUUGUGCACGAGAGAUUCAUGUGGGAAGCUCGCAUGGAACCGAAGAUCCUGGACGCGUUCGCCAAGAUUUGGGGCACCGACGAACUACUGGUCUCCUUCGAUGCAUUGAAUGUCACCCUGCCAAACCGGCAGGAUAAGCCGGCGCAGAAGCGGUGGCCUCACGUAGACCAGUCGCCUCUGCGCCGUGGUCUCCAUUGCGUGCAGGGAAUCAUCAACCUCAGUCACGCCGGCCCCGAAGACGGAUCACUCAUUGUUCUGCCGAGAUCGAACACCGUGAAUGAGGAGUUCUUUGAUACGCAGACCGAUCCAUCGACCUGGGAGAAGAAAGACAUCCGCUUCUUUAGCGAGGAGGAAAUGAAAUGGCUCGAAGACCGGGAUAUGAAACCCGUGAAAGUAUUAGCCGAGCCGGGAGAUUUAAUCCUGUGGGACUCACGAACCGCUCACUGGGGUGGUGAGCCUACGGUGAAGAGCAAUACGAUCCGGACUGUGAUCUACGCAUCCUAUUCCCCUGCGAGUCUGGCCUCGACAGAGUCCAUUGAGCGGAAGAAGGAGGCAUUUGAAACAUUCCGAGCCACAACCCACUGGGCACACGACAAUAUCGCCAUUCGCAACAAGGUAGUGUAUCUUCCUGAUGGCACUGUGGACCCGCGUAAUCGAUCCAAGCCUCUGGAGAAACCGGAACACACUGAUCGUCUGCUCCGACUCGCCGGAGUCAAGCCAUACUGA